AUGCCUGUGUACAUGGGGAUGAAGGCGAUGGCAGCUCGCACGCAUUCAGUGCUCACCCGCAACGAAACUGUGGCCAAGGUGGACUCUCCACCUUCUAAUGGCAAGGCACAUUCCUCAGCGCCCCAUCACCAUCAUGCGACACCAGCUCCAGCUGAAACUGAUCACACAGAAAUGUCACACGAGUUCACUAAAUGCAUCCAUCAUGUCAUUCUCCAUGAACCUCAUGCAGAAUGCCAGGAGGGUGCAUCCCUGCAGGAAACAUCCACUAGUGACACUCAAUCAGCUUCAGCAGAAGCUCCUAUGGAUGUCCUAAAUGACUGGCUACAGCCUGCCCUGGAGGGUGAGCUGGAAAGGCUAUGCAAUGUGUCUGUGGCAGAGCCACUCAAUGCGACUGACGUGGCUGUGGCUGACGAUGACAUCAUGCCUUUGUCAGAGUUGCCUCGUGGGUGCCCCAGAUCAGACAAAGUUUGCAUGGAUCAUGUCCUCGACAUCAUCUUCGAGAGUACCGAAGGAGUGGUACUCGGUGAUGCACUGCACAGAAAAUACUCAGACGAUGCGUUCUAUGCACGCAUCUUGGCUUCUCUGAGCCACUUCAAGAACUUUCACAUCCAUAAUGGCCUGGUUGUCCUGUGCAACAGCAGGAAGUGA